AUGCUGAGAUUUGACGUUGUUCAGCUCGCGUUCAAGCAGCGCAUCUGCGCCUGGUCUGCAGUGGCGUGGCGCGCAGGCGAGCAGGAGGUCGGCGUGCUGCGCGAGCAGCAGCUGGAGCUCAGCGAAGACGAGAAGCAGGAGCAGGAGCAGCAACAGCAGGAAGAGCAGCUGCACCAUCAAGCGGAGGAGCAGGAAGUGCGACAGCAGGCUGCAUCAGGCGGGGGUAGCCCGCAGGGCGAAGCGGGCGGCGGGGGCGACGGCGCCUCAGGGCAGCCGGGGUGGCGCGCCCUGCUGAGCGGCGGCGCCAUGGCCAGCGGCGGCGCGGCGCCGUGGUCGCUGACGGGCGCAGCUGAGUUUGCGGCCGUGUCGGUGGCGUUUGCGGCGGGCGCGAAGAUGCUGUACAAUUAUUACAGCGGCGGCGCCCCAGAGAAGACGUUCUCAUACGUCCCCUUUUCGGACCGAUACGACGACGAAUCCGAGGUGGUCGCGGUCGACUGCACCCACCCCCGCCUGCCGACGCUCAGCCACCAGCGGGGGUCGCGCAACCCGGGCGGCGGCGGCGGCCUGAGGCGCAGCGACACGAGCACGGGGCUGGUGUUGAACGCGCUGGCUACCGGGCCCUGGAAGCGCGACGUGUGGGCGGUCUGCCAGCGCAGCUUUGUGACGACCAACCACUUUGAUGUCGACUCUUUCCUGGCGGUCUGGUGCUACAUCAACCGCGCCGAGGCCGUUGCGCACGAAGGGGGUGAGCUUGGGGGGCCCGUGGGCAGGAUGGCGGUUUGA